CUCUAUAAAGACCAAAAAUCCCGCCUCUCGAAAAACAAAACCUAGCGCAGCAGUGGCCAUGGACGAAUCCGUGAUCAAAGGUGUAGAAGGUCUGGAAUUGAACGGUAGUGAUGCAGCGAUUCGAAAAAGCAGCAGAAUUAGCAGGAUGUCGGUUGAGGGAUACGACACCUCCUCUCCUAGGGAGGAUGUUGAAGAGGCCCUGAGAAAACACUUCGCAUCACGUGAAAUAAAGCUAAUACAUGCUUCUGCUCCCCAAGUUGACGACGAUCGUCUUACUAUUCUCUGCAGAUACGCGUUAAUCUAUCUAAACGAAGAAGAUGAAGAAAAGGCGUUGAAGUUUGAUGGAAGUGACAUGGGAGGACGUAUUUUACGAGUUGCGGUUUACCCCUUUGACAGCAAUCACCUUGAGCAUUUCUUUGCUCCUACCAAAGCACAAGACAAAUACCUAGAGCGCACGUUGUUUGUUACAGGAUUUGAUCCUUCCCUUACUAAGGAUGAUACCAGGGUGAUGGUACGUAGGCUUUUUGGAUCCAGUUGUGCUGUUUUGAGGAAAGGGCGUGUUUUGGUUAAUCUCCGUGGACAAGAUGCUAUUGACAAGGCUCUGCAACUUAGCGGAGAUUCUGUGGGAGGCUUUACUAUUGUAGUUAAUGAUAUCCGCCCAAUAAAAAAGCCGCGCCGCGAUGGCGUAUCUCGUGCAACUAUCUCGGCUAUGGUUGAGAGAUAUAACGCAGCUAAGGCUGAGAAAGAUAAAGCAAUCCCAUGUGAGGGAAAUCAGGAGACGAUCAUGACUACGGACUAGAAAUCUCUCUCUCUCUCUCAAAUGCUGUCUCGUGUUAUUUAUUAACUUGUCUUGCAAUGCCACCUCCUUCUUUUCUCUUUUCUGGAUGUUGAAUGUUAUGUUUUGUCUCGACUUUGAAUAUGUUUUUAUGCGUGUGUGUGUUCUGUUUAUUAUGAUAAAACUCUGUAAUAACACUGACAAACUUUCUUUGUCCAA